CCAAACAAAAUGGAUCCUUUCUUCUUCCCCGACCAAGAUGAGCUCCAAGAUUUCUGGGGUUUAUCCGUGGACCCCACUGUCGAUCUCCUCGACGCCGUCACCCAACACCUCUCUCGUCCUGCCUCGUCGAUGGCGAGGCGCAGCGCCUUCUCUAAAUACACAGGACCAAUUGCGGCUCCGCCGCAAGCUCAAGGCAGCGGUGGCGGAGGCGGCGGAAAUAUUCAUAGAAGGAUUAUUGAGUUGCUUAGGAGGAUUCGAAGAGGGAAACAGGAGAGUAAAGGCGGGGGCGGGGGCGGGAGUAGCAGCGGAGGCGAAGGGAGCCGCGGGUUUCGGCAUAUGAUGCGCGAGAGGCAGAGACGGGAGAGGCUUAGCCAAAGCUACGCUGAUUUAUAUGCUAUUCUCUCUCCUAGUACAAAGGCGGAUAAGAAUUCGAUAGUGCAGACGGCAGCGGCGUUGGUGAGAGAACUAAAGGGAGUGAAGGAAGGGCUGCAGAAGAGAAAUGAGGAGCUGAUGAGAAUGGCGGCACCGGCGGAGGAAAUGGCCGAGGGAACAAGUAGUGAGAGAACUGAACAGAGGAUUGAGGUGGAAGGAGAUAGGGUUAUUACAGUUCGAGCGGAGAAUUCCGCGUCGGCGAUUGAUUCGGUUAUUGGUGCUCUUCGUUGCCUCGAGCGUAUGGAUGUCAAAGCCAGAGCUAUCAGGUUUGCAGCCGCCGCCGGCGGGGGGAUGACGGGCGGUGUCAUGAUGAUAGAGACUAAUAAGGGUUCAACACAAUGA